CUUUCGGCGAGAUUUUGUUCUUGUUUAACUCGGUGUUCAAGUUUGCAGCUGUCUCUGCGCGUUGAAUCAAAAGCCGAUUUCAUUCCGGCUCGCUGGAAAAGUUGCACGUUGCCGCCGACUCGUCGGGCUGCGGGGGCUGUCGGCCCUUCGCUCGCUGCGGAGCGCGGUGCCGCCCGCCUCGCGCCGGGGUGUCCGAACCGCCCCGCACCGCCUGCGUGCUGACCGCGGCCUCCUCCCGGCGUGCUGCUCCGCUUGCUCUUCGCGGGGAUCUUGAGUUCUUCUUAAUUUGCUAGCUCUCAGCCUCCUCAUGCCUCCGUCUCCCUUAGACGACAGGGUAGUGGUGGCACUCUCGAGGCCGGUGAGACCUCAGGAUCUCAACCUGUGUUUAGACUCUAGCUAUCUGGAACCCGCCUCCUCCGCCGGCGAGAGCCGCCCCGGUCUGCUCGGCGCAGCCGUCGUGUCCCUCAAGACUGCGAAUCUCACGUAUAUGCCCUCAUCCAACGGCUCUGCCCGCUCCCUGAGUUGUGGAUGCAGCAGUGCCAGUUGCUGCACUGUGGCAACGUACGACAAGGACGCUCAGGCCCAAGCCCACACCAGCACCAGCAGCGCAGCGGCCUCCCCGUCCUGCCCCGCCAACCAAAUGGUCAACAGCAAUGAGAGCGCCGGUGGCCUGAGCCCCUUGGGCGGGGUGGGCAGCCCGGUGUCGGGUGGCGGCAAGCAGCUAGCCAGCAUCAAGAUCAUCUACCCCAACGACCUGGCCAAGAAGAUGACGAAAUGCAGCAAGAGCCACGCGCAGAACCAAGGGCCUGUCAUCAUCGACUGCAGGCCGUUCAUGGAGUAUAAUAAGAGCCACAUCCAAGGGGCUGUCCACAUCAACUGCGCAGACAAGAUCAGCCGGAGGAGGCUCCAGCAGGGCAAGAUCACUGUCUUGGACUUGAUCUCUUGCCGGGAAGGCAAGGACUCCUUCAAGAGGAUCUUUUCCAAAGAAAUCAUAGUUUAUGAUGAGAAUACCAAUGAGCCGAGCAGAGUAAUGCCUUCUCAGCCCCUCCACAUAGUGUUGGAGUCCCUCAAGAGAGAAGGCAAGGAACCCCUAGUCCUAAAAGGAGGACUCAGCGGUUUCAAGCAGAACCAUGAAAACCUCUGCGAUAACUCCCUCCAGCUGCAAGAGUGCCAGGAGGGGGGAGGCAGCGGUGCAUCCGCAGUGCCCCCCACACUACCUCAGUCCAUCCCCACCACGCCAGACAUUGAGAAUGCCGAGCUCACCCCCAUCCUGCCCUUCCUCUUCCUCGGAAAUGAGCAUGAUGCUCAGGACUUGGAGAAAAUGCAGAGGAUGAACAUAGGCUAUGUAAUCAACGUGACCACCCACCUGCCCCUGUACCAUUACGAGAAAGGCAUGUUCAACUACAAGCGGCUCCCAGCCACUGACAGCAACAAGCAGAAUCUCAGGCAGUAUUUUGAAGAGGCUUUUGAGUUCAUUGAGGAAGCCCAUCAGUGUGGAAAAGGUCUCCUCAUUCACUGCCAGGCCGGAGUGUCCCGAUCUGCCACCAUAGUUAUUGCGUACUUGAUGAAGCACACACGCAUGACCAUGACGGAUGCCUAUAAAUUUGUAAAAGGCAAACGACCAAUCAUUUCCCCUAACCUUAACUUUAUGGGGCAGUUACUGGAGUUUGAGGAAGACCUAAACAAUGGCGUCACACCGCGAAUCCUCACACCAAAGCUGAUCGGUGUAGAAACUGUUGUGUGAUGGUGAAGCUGCAAAGAGGUGGUCAAUGAAGGGGUUAGCCUGUUCUUCACCUGAUUUAGGGCAGUGAGGGGUGGGCUGUGGGGUUUUUUUGUUUGUUUUUUUUUUUUUUUUUUUUAGCUUUUGGGUGGGGAGGGAGUUGCAGCAAACUUUUUGUGAAUUAAAAACCUUUUUUUGUAAGGAAAGGUUUUUAAAAGAGAUCCAAGAACUUGGCCAUGUUUGGGAUGCGGUUGUGAUUUCCUUCCCGGGCACUGAUAGAGCAGAGAAGCUUUGGAGCAAAAGGAGUACUUUUUAAAAUCCAAAAGCCAAGAAGAAAUAUUGGGCUUUUCUUUUGUUGUUGUUUGUUGGUUGGUUGGUUUUUUCCUCCUCCUCCUCUCCAGCUACUCGUAGAGUUUAUGGCUAAGUAGUCUGUGCAGGUUCAUAGACUGAAGAAACCUAAGUUGAAGACAAAACACAAACAGCCAAAAUAAAGCGGAAAAAACUUGCUGAAGCAUGAGGGCCUUCGUUCCGCAAAGGCGUUGCUACAGAUCACCUAGCAAAUGGCUCACUGACGCAGAGGAGAUCAGAGCAGCUUAAAAAGUCUGCAGGCACUUUUCACACUCCUGACUCAAACUAAAGAAGAUGGAAAAAAAAAAAGUUUAUUUGGCGUGUUUCAUGUUCCAGUUCUAUUUUUCUAUUUUGGGGUGUAAGGUUUUAACAGAAAGGGACUUUGAUCAUUCUAUGCCAUAUGCCUUCACUGGCUUCUUGUGCAAUAAUAAUUUGGGAUUUGUUUUGAGUGUUCAAUCCAAUUAGAGUUGGCUGCCCACUAAUAAGAAGAUAAUUUUUAAAAUCUAAUAGUGCUACGGCAGCUGGCUUGGUUCAGAAGGGAUAAGUGAAAGCAAUUAUUUUGUUCCUUUAUAUGAUUUUGAUCCUAGUUACAGUGCCAUAAACCUUGUUACAUAUGUAUAUCAGAAUGUACAAAAAUCGAGAACGAGCAAAGUUUAUUUAAAAAUAUUUUUCGCACAAAAUAUUGGUGUGUUUCAGUUGUCUAUGUAAAAGAAAUUUGAUUAUAAAAGCAAAAAAUCCUUUGGGAAAUGUGUGUCCUUUUAUUUCUUUAGCAGUUUUCCAUUUGCUUCUGUCGGAUGGGCUUUUGGUUGUGCUUGAUUUUUUUUGGGGGGGGGGAGGGAAUUGUUUUUGUUUGCUUCUUCUUUUGCAGUGUACAAUGCCCAUUGACAAAGCUGAUACCUGUUGUUUGACAUCCCUUCUUCAGUGUCCUGUUCCUGUCCUCUGCUGGUGGAAUGUGUUUUCUUUAUUUCUUGCUGUACUCUUGCAUCCCUUGCUUUCAGUAGCCAUGUUUUUAUCUCCUGGAAAUACAUUGAACUUGGAGCUGUUCAGAUGAAUUUGCAUGACUGGGGUGGGCUUUCUGGGACAGACCUACAGCUCAACAGUUAUUAAAAAAAAUAAGAAAUAAACAUUUUUCCAAUGAUUCCUUUUCAUCUUCCUGCAAUUAGCUUACCUUCUGUGUUUCAGAACUAGUUUCUAGAGAGAGAUGAGUAUCCUUCUAUUUGUUUGUUUGUUUUUUUUCCCCUGGCAUCUCCAAACCCUGCUCCUUUAGCAGUUCCAUGAUCCCUGGUCCUGCUGGAAUUUUUCCUUCUCUUUGCCCGCUUUUCUUUCAUCCUUUCCCUUUUCCAGUUGUGUCACUGUUAAGUGUGGUGUGUAUCGCAAGGCUUCUGCCCAGCAAUGUCCCUUAGGCGGCUGACUUCUUUUGCUUUCAUUGUUUGUCUUUUAUUUUUUGUUUAAAUUAAUGGUAUGGUAUAAACUGAUCUCCUCCAGACUGUUACCAAUUUAAAAUUUGUUUUAGCCUAUAAUGAGCUAAAAAAAAAUUUCUCGUACGAUUCUGUUGUGCAAGCUGAUAUAUCCCAGGAAACCUCGUAGCUGUGAAGGUUUUUCCUAGGUGAAAACCAGCGUGGACUGAACCAAGAUUAAAACAGGACCUGUCAGAAAACUUAUGUAUAAUCACAUUAGACAUGUAUAUUUUUGUGGACAUUUUACUUAAAAUGUUGUUACUAUACCGAUAUUUUCUUGAAACGUAUCCCUUUAUUAAAUUAUUUUUCUACUGGAACUGAUUUUUUUUCUUUCCUAUGGUUGGUCCCUUCAGUGAGAUGCCCUUGGCAGGGAGCAUUACCCAGACUUCAGGCUCCAGCUGCUGUGAGUUGAGGAGAGCAUGCUGCAGUAGAAGACAUCCCUCCCUAAAGAUGGGCUCCUUGCUUUGCUGUUGGGCUCAGCCUUUUUCAGCUGUUCUGCAUGAACUGCAGAUGGCUGCACCUGGGUCAAGUUGUGAGCGGGCAGAGAGGAGGUUAAGAAAGCUCCUUGCUGCUUGCAGCUCUGUGAUUCAGAGGAAGGGAAAGAGCAGCAGGGCUAGCUGAGAUUGUAGCUGCCUGCAUUACUGGCAGUAGGAUCUGCAUAAUGAUGCUGGGGUUCUACAGAGCAAGUGGAGUACACAAUGUAGGAUGUGGCAGUCUUAAGCCUAAGGGGAGCAAAGAAAGACUUAAAUUCAAGAUGAGUCUUCAAGGCCUUUUGUUUGCUGGUGCCUUGAUCCUGCCCUCCAUUUCCUUUGGGGAAAAGACAAGUCUGAAGUCCUUGUCCCACCCACUUGGCAGAUACAGGCUACGAGUGCUUCAAGAUGGAACAGUCAUGGAGGCAGCAUCUUGUAUGGUCACAAGGUCUGCCAGCCAGUGGUUGUGGGAAGGUUCAAAAGCACUCCCAGGAGCUAAUGGGGCUGAGGCAGGAGCUGUGAGGGGUGUAGGAAGGCACCCAGCAGGCUGGGAGCACAUAGGGCUCAAGGCCUGACUUGGUGCAGCAGGGCUGGCUCUGGGCCAUGUGCUCCCAGCAGACUUCUGAGGAAAGGGAGAUUCAGUGGGGAGGGCAGAAAUAAAUUACCUCUUGGCAGAGUUAAGGAGGCAGUCAAAAUUAUGAGUGGCUGAUGGCUGGCUCAUUAGCAGAUGUCUAUUUUCGUGUAGCCUGUUUGCCCUCUUAUAGGUGCACAGGUGUUGACCAACAUCGGGUUUACAACAGUGGGAGCACAGCCUGACACGAAGGGCUGAUGGGAGAGCCAGGGAUUGCACAGAGUACAGCUGGGCAUUCUGCUGGCAGUGGAAGAAGAUGGCGCAAAUCAUGCUGCGGUCUCAUGCUCUCUUGCUGCCAGCCCGCAGGUCCUCUUGCUGGUGAAGGCAAUGUUGGCCAGUCUGCUCAGCUGAGCACCACGGCUGCUGAGGGGCUGCCUUCCUCUUAACAGCCACUGCGUUUCUUCAGGCACCCUGAAGGGCUCCUGGUUUGAUUUGAUCAUUGUCCAGGCAGCAUUUCUCUCCAAAAGGCCAGAGACAAAAGCUUGCAGCCAACCCGUGCUUAGAGCUAUUCUGUUACUGGGCAGGAGACGUUGGGAGGUGAA